AACUAACUAAACAAAUAAUCUGCCAAAGCUGAAAUCAUUCCAACGCGCAACGAACAUACUCGCGACAAUCUCCCUCUGGAAGUGGAAGUGUGUGAACGUGUGUAAAUAGCUCCAGAAAGCGCGAAAGUAUGUCCGCCGAUCAAAGUGCAAACGUUGAACUGAUUAAGAAGCACAUUGGCGAGUAUCCCGAUUUCCCGAAGAAAGGAAUACUUUUCAAGGACAUAUUUACCGCCCUUCGGCAUGGUGAGGUUUGCAAGGCAAUCAAAAGUGUGCUCGUGUCGUACGUUCGGGAAAGCUGUCCGGACGUGCAGGUGAUCGUUGGGCUGGAGGCACGUGGCUUUCUGUUUAGCUUGCUGAUUGCGGCGGAACUGGGCAUCGCCUCGGUGCCGAUACGGAAGAAGGGUAAACUGCCCGGAUCCUGCGCCCAGCAGGAGUACGUGCUGGAGUAUGGAACUGAUGUGUUUGAAAUACAGCAAGGAAGCAUUACCUCCGGGCAGAAGGUGCUGAUAAUAGACGAUCUGUUAGCCACCGGCGGCACGAUGGAUGCAGCUAACAAGCUCGUCCAGCAGCUCGGCGGAGUGGUGGAGCGAAACGUAGUGAUCAUAGAGCUGACGGAGCUAGGCGGCAGGAAGAAGCUUGAAGCUUCCGGCUCAAACGUACAUUCCUUUAUACAGUACCACGAUGUAGAAUGAGGCGGUGGUGGUAGUUAACAUUUGCCAAUUGCUUGCUAAUUACUAGCAACCGACAGCAACAUUGCAAAAGACAUCCUAUACAGGCUAAGUUAGCGAGAGCUGGUGCAGUUCGUUUUUGUUUUGUAAUUUGCUUUACUUCCGGCUCAAAUGAUACGAUCGACUCGUUUUCGAUUUAAAACUCACCGUACACCGUUAGUCGUUAAAAUCUCAGGUCAAUAGCAAUAUGCCGGUAGCCAUACGUUAGUGAAAUAUAGACCGCAAGCUCAAACAAAUAAAGGCGACACCUUUACACAACAUUUA